AUGGUGCUGGAGAACGUGAAAGAAAUGUGGACGGAGGUCCCCAAGGGCGGCAAAGGCAAGAAGAAGUCCAAGCCAGUCAACAAGGACCGCUACAUCUCCAAGAUGUUCCUGCGUGGGGACUCUGUCAUUGUGGUCCUGAGGAACCCGCUCAUCGCUGGCAAGUAG